AUGCUUUUUGCCGAGCCUAACCAUUGUUUGUACUUUAUACCUAUUCGCCUUUGCAAGACCUCAACAUUGCGUCUCUCUUCUAUAGAUACCAUCGACUUCAUUUUAACACAAAAUCCGUGUCUAUUGAUCAAACGUUUUUCUGCUUAAUAUCUAAUUUACAUACCUAAAUCAUGACCCCUGGUUCAGGAGGAUCCAGUGUCGUGGUCCCUCGGAAUUUCCGAUUGCUGGAGGAACUUGAACAUGGAGAAAAGGGGAUUGGAGAUGGUACAGUAAGUUAUGGAAUGGAUGAUGGAGAUGACCUUUACAUGCGAGCCUGGACUGGCACCAUAAUAGGUCCUCAUAACUCUGUACAUGAAGGAAGAAUAUAUCAAUUGAAGUUAUUCUGUGACAAAGAUUAUCCAGAGAAGCCACCAAGUGUUCGUUUCCAUUCUCGGAUUAACAUGACUUGCGUCAACCAUGAAACUGGAGUGGUAGAAUCAAAGAAGUUUCCACUUCUAGCAAAUUGGCAGCGAGAGUACACAAUGGAAAACAUACUGACACAGCUGAAGAAAGAGAUGGUGGCUCCACACAACCGUAAGCUGGUUCAGCCUCCCGAAGGAACCUAUUUCUAGUAUAAAGAUAUAUACAGGUCUUGUUGACUAAUUUAUGCUGAAAAGUAAUGGUGAAACUAGAAAGUCCCCCAAAAGCUCCUAUCCACUCAGUUGCCUCAUAAAUAUCCUUUUUCUGAUCUACUUCCUUGUGAACAAUGUUUUUGGGUUUUUUUUUUUUAAAUGGUUAUGUUGUGUGAGCAAAACUGCAAAUAUGAAUAUAUUUCUUAAGUUCUUGCAGUUUCUGAAUC